CAUGAAACGAACCAUUAGCUACGCGACUUUCUGGCUAUGUCCGUAUAGGCAUUGCUAUGACUUCGCCCAUAACAAUCGUUUACAGCAAAUUGAUACUUCAUCCUGUCUGCACUUUGACUUGAUUCCCAAUACCACAGUCUAUGUGCGAGCAAUGGAGAAAAUCAUGAAUGACCGUGAUAGAGGUAUACCAAAAAGGGGUAUAGUCCGCCUCAAUAAAAUCAAAGUGAGGAUCAGUAAACAGCUAAAUCUCGUUGUUCCCGGAUUGACGAAGUCCAUCAGCGACGGUCGGCUGAGGUAUUGGGAAAAAGCCACGGAAAUUCGCGACAUGAUCGAGUCAGUCAUCAGCGAACUUGACCUUAGUACAGUGAGCAGCACCAGGACAUUUGACGAUGUCUACGAAAUGGUUGGGCCAGACGGCAGUGCUGUUAACCAGAUACUCAUCAUGUUAAUCUUGAUAAUUAUAGUAGUCCUAAGCACGGCCCUGAUAUGCGGCUGCUUUGGGUCUACGCGGAGGGCACCCGGACGAUCUGGAUUUUGCAGCAAGGCUAUGGCCGCCACAUGCCUGCUUAUUGCCAUUAUCCUGAUAUUUUGCGUGUUCUCGUUCAUCGCGCUGGUUGGACUCUUCUACAUGAUGAUCGGGAUCGCCUGUGAUACGGCACAUGGCGAGGACGGGAUCAACCUCUUCCGCCAGCUCGACACCCUGAUGGAUCUCAAUCGCUUCAUGCCGCGGAAUGGGGACGAUGGGCCGUCGUCGCGAACGCUAUCGGUGUCGAACUCAAUCCGGGCCUGCUAUGCAAAUGAGAGCAUCUUUGGGCUGCUGAUAGUGAAACACGUUUUCGAUAUAAGCGACCUGAGGUCCAGGGAAAUACUCGUCAGUGUUAAGGAGAGUGUGCCGGUGUUCACUGAGGACUUUUCCCAGCUAUUCUUAUUAACACCCGAUGAGAAGAUCAAACUCAAUGAGAUGCGCAAGGCCAAUCUGUCGGAGUACCACAGCAUACAAUACGACAGGCAUCUCUGCACCAGGUUCUUGCAUACGGAUAUGAAUGUUCUGGCAAAUAAAUUGUAUUCCAUGACAAACUUUCUCGACGCAAAUGCAGUUCGGUCAGCCUCGUUUUCUUUCAAACUGGAUUUCCUAAGUGCCCAGCAAUACCAGGAGCACUUGUCCGCACCGCUAAGGAGGUGCGUGAUCAAAAUGGUGGAGAAACUGAAGCUGAUUGACAGUCUCAUUCUAUUCGAGAACCAGAACUUUGGGGAGACCAUAAAGACACUGCUCGAUGCGGUGGAAAGGUCCGAGAAGUUUAUCCAAAUUUUAGGCACGAAUUUCAUUAAUGUCCUGGCGAAAAACCUUACCGCGGUAAUCAACGAACGAAUCAAAGACUAUGUUGAAAGGGUGAUCUGGGAGAGCAUGACGAACGUCGGACGUUGCCAGCCCCUCGCCUACAUUUACUAUCAAGGCGUUCACUUCGUUUGUGCCCGUCUAGUGGAUCCCAUCAAUGCCUUUUGGUUGGCCACAAUUAUCUGCGCCCUGCUCCUUCUACCGAUACUCUUUGUGUGCCAUCGUCUGAUGUGCUUGUACCUCAGAAUCUAUCCCGCUCCAAUUGACGAUGCAGCAGGUGGAGUCGUGGGUGGCUGUCCCUUCUGCACAGGUCUGCCAGCGCCGGUUACCAUCUGCCAAGGUGGCCCGUUCGGCGCCAGGACAGACCAGGCUGAGGCCGCUGCUCCAGUGCAGACGGUACCCCAAGUCCAACGGGCGAAUAAGAAUCCGGCGACUGAGAGGAGUAAGCGUAAGAACGAUUAAGUGUGCAUUUACCACCAUCGAGUCGAUGAGAGGAACUGCAUACAUGUGUACUCUACAUAGACCAUAUAAAUAAAUACAUACAUACAUAUGUAUGCGAUAUACAACCA